UUCACGGAGAACCCGGCUCGUCCACAGGACGUUCCGCCAGCUGUGAGACACGGUUCGGAUGAUGUCAUUCACUUUCUUUUGAGCAGUUUUCACGAGACCGGAGGACACCGGGUUUUUUUUGUUGUGUUGCGGUGAGAAAUACGAUUGUGAAGGGGAGGAUAUCUCAUCGAGCGGACAGAGACAGCGGACGGUAGUUGACUACCUACGGCAAAACGACACGACUCUCACGGUUUGUCUGUGUGAUGAGGGCCACAUCAUCCACCACUGAUACCGUCUACGCUGUUGCAAGCUUUUCACCACACACAGCUGACAAACCAAAAGUGAACCGUAAAACAAUAGGUGAAUCUAUAGCCAGCUAGCUUUUAUAUACUAUCUAUUUUGCCAUACAGCCUUCAGUGGCCGCAUUUGAGAAAAGUGAAAUUUAGAUGGCUCUCGACCUGGCUGUCAUUUCCGGAUUCGAACACAUAUUCAUCCUCCCAGCCGUGUUGUUUUAGCGUCUCAAUAUACACGCAAUUGAUCGCUAUUUAUGUGACAACGGAGGCAAGCUAAGUGAAACUAACGCUAACCAUCAUUUGAUUUCCAGAGGACCUAUUUUUCUUGCUUUGGGAAUAGAAAGGGGCCGUGUUCAACAGUUCUGUAACUGUCUAGCUCGAGCUAGCUACUGUAGCAAGAUAUCUCCGGUCGGGAUCUAGUACCGUUAUGUGCGUGCCUGUGGUCUUUACAGUCAAAAAGCGAAACAUAUCGUCGUUCACGUUUCCCUGCCUUGAUAUUUGAUACAGUAAUUUUUUCAACAUCUACAAUCGAGAUACCCUUGGCCUUGGAACGGGUAUAAUUAUUGGACCGUGUUCUUGUUUUGGCUGAGGCAUGAGAGACAUUCGAUCCAUCCUUCUAUCCCGGUGCUCCAUCCUAUACGGCGCAGUGUGAGUAGCCCAUCCGGGAAGCGCACAUCAGCAGAAUCGCAUCCUAUAUGCACCUUUGGGGUGUCGGGGGGGCUGAAGGUGCUACUAUAACGUCGGAGCGGGAGGACUGUUGCCUUCCCAUCUCAGGAUUAAACCAUGGCCAAUGAACCUGUUAUCCUUAAUGUGUAUGAUAUGUACUGGAUUAACGAGUACACUUCCACUCUGGGUGUUGGAGUCUACCACUCAGGCAUUGAGAUCUAUGGCCGAGAGUUUGCAUAUGGGGGUCACCCGUAUCCCUUCAGUGGCAUAUUUGAAAUCAAUCCUGGAAACGCCACUGAAUUAGGAGAGACCUUCAAGUUCAAGGAGGCUAUCGCUUUGGGCACAACAGACUUUGCAGUGGAGGAUAUGGAUAAAAUCAUGGAGGAGCUGGGGAGGGAUUUCAAGGGCAACUCUUACCAUCUAAUGCACAAGAACUGCAACCACUUCUCCUCCUCGCUGUCUGAGCUGUUGUGUGGGCGUGAGAUCCCUCGCUGGGUGAACCGCUUGGCCUACUUCAGCUCCUGCGUGCCCUUCCUCCAGACCUGCCUCCCUAAGGAGUGGCUGACCCCCGCUGCCCUCCAGAGCCACAUCAGCAUGGGGCUCCACAAGGAGGAGCGGGAGGCUGGAGAGUCCAGCGACGAGGACCCCAACUCAGCCUCCGGGACCGCUGGGGCGGGCACCGGAUCCUCACACAGCUGUCGCCAUACACGGGUCUGAGCCAAUGACUGUAUAGGUCUGAAGAGAACAGCCAAUAGGACUCUCUCAAUUACCUUUGACCUUCGAACCCUGGAUCAGAAGGUCACCAGGUCCCCUCUGCAGGGGAUGUAGUGAUGUAAUAUCUGUGGGCCUGACUGAAUAACCACCUGACCUCAUAGUACCACCCCUGAGAACAGAGACAAGGACGACGGAUGAUUAGCUAGCCUGGUAGUACAAGGCCGGGGGUCCUGCAAAACCUACAGAUCCUGAGAUCCUUUCCCUGGUUUUCUCCCUUUUAGAUAUGGUAGAUAUAUUCCGGAGGGGGAUUUGUUAUAGGUUUGUUGACAAACUAACUCAGAGCAUGGCAUGGCUCUUUUAGAUUGACCACAGCUACAUGAUGUACUGUAGGUCUGGGCUACUCUCUGGUCAUUUCUCUUUUUCCAUGACCUUUUAAACUUUUUGUCAGCCUUCAUCCCCGAUACUUCAUCCCCGAUCCACCCUGAUUCUCUUCUUGCAGAGCUCCUUCUAUUGUAGAGUAAACGGAUAUCAGACACCACAAAGAUACAUCUAAAUGUACAUCCCAAAUGGCUCCCUAUUCCUUAUAUAUAGUGCACUACUUUAGACCAGAGCCCUAUGGAACCCUAUUCCCUAUAUAGUGCACUACUUCAGACCAGAGCCCUAUGGAACCCUAUUCCUUAUA